CGGAUUUUGUUUCUUCCAAGUACCAACUCCCCUUUAGACAAAUCAAGCGAAAAGCGUUGGUUUUUGAGCUUUCCGCAGGUGUCAAAAAUACGGUCUUUUCAAGCAUUUCGUGGUACUUGUGUUCUUUUUGGUAAACGGGUUGUCAGAAGGAAAAUGGCGGAUAUUUCCAAAAGUGUGCCCUUCGAUCGCAGUCAAUUCGAAGAAUUGAUGAAGAAGCGAUUCUUUUUUUCACCCUCUUUCCAAAUCUAUGGUGGUAUUAGCGGUCUUUUCGAUUAUGGCCCUCCUGGUUCUGCUCUUCAAACCAACAUUGUGGACUUGUGGAGAAAGCACUUUGUAAUUGAGGAAAGCAUGCUUGAAGUUGACUGCUCCAUGCUUACUCCUCAUGACGUUUUGAAAACUAGUGGUCACGUUGACAAGUUUUGUGACUGGAUGUGCAAAGAUCCUACUACUGGUGAGAUCUUCCGUGCUGAUCAUUUAGUUGAAGAGGUCUUAGAGGCACGUUUGAAGGGUGACAAGGAAGCCCGUGCAAAAGAAGCUGGCGCUACAAACGCUCCAGUUCAGGAAGAAUCCGAUGAUAAGAAAAAGCGCAAGAAAAAGGUGAAGGAAAUCAAAGUCACUCGUUUGGAUGAUGAAAUUGUUCGUGAAUAUGAAUUCAUCCUUGCUCAGAUCGACAACUAUGAUGGUCAACAACUCGGUGAAAUCAUGAAGAUUCAUGAUAUUCGCAAUCCCGCUAAUAAUGGUGAACUCGAAAGCCCUCGUCAGUUCAACUUGAUGUUUCAAACUCAAAUUGGUCCCAGCGGAGGCUUACAAGGUUACCUUCGUCCCGAAACUGCUCAAGGUCAAUUCUUGAACUUUAACCGUUUACUUGAAUUCAAUAAUGGUAAGGUUCCCUUUGCCAGUGCCAUGGUCGGUAAGGCUUUCCGAAACGAAAUUUCUCCUCGUAGUGGUCUUCUUCGUGUUCGUGAAUUUUUGAUGGGUGAAGUAGAGCACUUCGUUGACCCUCAAAACAAGCAACACGAUCGCUUUGAUGAAGUUGCCCAUAUUCCCCUUCGUCUUUUGCCCAGAGGUGUGCAACUUGAAGGAAAGAGCGAUGUUUUGGAAAUUACUAUUGGUGACGCUGUUGAAAAAGGUAUCGUUGACAACACCACUUUGGGUUAUUUCAUGGCUCGUAUCAGCCUCUUCUUGGAAAAGAUCGGUAUUGAUAUGUCUCGUCUUCGUUUCCGCCAACACAUGAGCAAUGAAAUGGCCCAUUAUGCUUGCGAUUGCUGGGACGCUGAAAUUCAAUGCUCAUACGGAUGGAUUGAAUGCGUUGGUUGCGCUGACCGUAGUGCUUACGAUUUAACUGUUCACAGCAAGGCCACCAAGACUCCUUUAGUUGUUCAAGAAGCCCUUCCUGAACCCAUUGUGGUUGAGGAGUAUGUUGUCGAAGUCAACAAGAAGAAGUUCGGUCCUCGUUUCAAACGCGAUGCCAAGGCUGUUGAAGAAGAAAUGCUUAACUGGAGUCAAGAAAUCAAGGAAGUUAAGAGUGCUCAUUUGGCUUCUCAAGGUAAGAUUACCGUAGCUGCAAAUGGAGUCGAGCAUGAAGUAGAUGCUGAACUUGUUACUAUUGAAAAACAACAGCGUAAAGAGCACACCCGUACUUUCACUCCUAAUGUCAUUGAGCCUUCCUUUGGAUUGGGUCGUCUCUUGUACUGCCUUAUGGAACAUAGCUUUUGGGCUCGUCCUGAAGACACUCAACGUGGUGUUUUGUCAUUCCCUGCCGUCGUUGCUCCCAUCAAGGCCCUUAUUGUUCCUUUGAGCCGAAACGCCGAAUUUAACCCUGUCGUUCGUCAAUUAUCUGCCAAGCUCCGUAGCUUGGGUGUUUCCAACAAGGUCGAUGAUUCGAAUGCUAACAUUGGCCGUCGUUAUGCUCGUAACGAUGAACUUGGUACCCCAUUUGGCUUAACUGUUGAUUUUGAAACUCUUGAAAAUGGCUCUAUUACCCUUCGUGAGCGUGAUACUACCAAGCAAGUUCGUGGUUCCCAAGAAGACAUUAUCAAUGCCCUCGUAGCCUUAACUGAGGGUAAGAUGUUAUGGACGAAUGCUGUAGAAAAGUUUGGUGAGUUCAACGCUACUCAGGAGUAAGUGGUUCGUUUUGUAUAGUUUUUUUUUGGGUUGGAUGCGAGUAUUGUUCGACAUAUAAUAGUUUCAUUUGUUUGUAUAAAUCGUUUCAACUUAGUGUAUGAUACUGAUUACUUUAUUACUGUUUGCAAGCUUUCUAAUAUAUUUAGAAUGUAACAGCAUAACUUUAGUAUUUGUCUUUAUUUCUGUGUAGCAAAUUUACCGUCAUUUAUAAUUUGAAC